AUGACCUCACAAAAGACCAUCGCCCUCAUUGGCUCCACAGGCUUCCUAGGCCCCUACAUCACCGCCUCUCUCCUCCAAAAGCAUCCCCACACCACCAUCCUCUGCCUAAACCGUAGCAAAGACGCAGAACAACGCACCACCUCGACUCUCACCCACAUCAGCAACGAAGACCUAACCCGCCUCACCUUCAUAACAACCGACAUCACACUCCCCAGCCUCGGCCUAUCCCCCACCCAAUACACACAUUUCACGACCAGCGUUUCGGAAAUCGUGUUCAAUGCGUGGAACGCGAAUUGGGCGACGCCUCUCAUUGGCUACCUGCCCCUCCUCAACGCUGUUCAACAUGUCAUCACUGCAUGUAUCGCCAGUCCCCUAAACCCGCGCGUAACCUUCAUGUCGUCCAACACUUCGAUAAUGAAUCACCCAACCCAGCAUCCUUCCACCCCGCUCAUCCCCGAAGUCCCUGCCUGGGACUUUGCCAGCGCAGCGAACACGGGGUAUGGCCAGAGUAAAUGUCUCGCGGAGCAACUUCUCGCGCGCGCAGGGCGAGAACACGGGUUACGCAUCGCUAUCGUCCGCGCAGGUCAGAUCGGAGGUGCAUCAUCCGCCAUACUCAAUGCGCCGCAGUGGCCGAUCCAGGGUUGGCUAUACGUCAUAGUCAAGACAAGUCAAAAACUGGGGUACUGGCCCGUGAGGAUGAAUGCUGUGGAUUGGAUUCCGGUUGAUUCGUUGGCGGAGGGGAUUGCCAAUGUCACAUUAUCCCAACCAAGCACAUCUGCAGUCAAUGUCAAGGUGUACAACAUGAUGCACCCCCGCCCUGCGCCUUGGGUGCUGCUGCAGAAAGUGUUGGUGGAGCGAUUCGGACUGGAAGUUAGGGAGUGUAGUCUGCCGCAGUGGUUGGGUAUGUUGGACCCGCAGAAGUUCAAGAUGCAUGCGUUUUUGAUGGAGGGUAGGGAGGGUAGGGAAGGGGAGGCGUUGGUUUUCUAUAACAGAAAUGCACUGGAGAUGUUGCCAGAGGUUGAAGAUGUUACGGAGGAGUUGGUGGAGAGAUGGUUGAGGGGGUGGGGUUUGAGGCUGGGGGAGGUGAGGGCGAGGCUGUGA